AUGUAUGACUUGUCUAUAUUGCUGUUGUUGGUUAUAUAUACAUUCGGUUUUUUGUCGGCAAGUAUUGAAGAAAAUCGCUUGUUACGGGAUUUACGCGAAAAUUACGAUAGUGUCGAAAGACCAGUGGAAAAUCAUAAAGAAGCUGUGCAAGUGAAAGUCCAAGUGUUGCUUCAACAAAUUUUAGAAGUGGUAUUACUAUUAUUUAAAAUUACUAAUUACAUAAAAAUGUAUUCAGAAUGGAAAGAUUAUAAAAUGAAAUGGGAUCCUGCAGAAUAUGGUGGCAUUUUGGACUUACACUUACCUUCAUCAGGUGAUGGCGCUUUGUGGAAACCAGAUAUUCUACUUUUCAAUAGCGCAGAAGACACUUUUGACAACAGCUUUCCAGUGAACUUCGUUGUUUAUUACACUGGCGACAUACUGUUUGUUCCGCCUGGUAUUGUAAAAAGCUCCUGCAAUAUCGACAUUACUUGGUUUCCUUUUGAUGAGCAAAUAUGUUGUCUUCGAUAUGGCUCAUGGUCGUAUGCAACGAGUCAAUUAGAUCUUCACGUGAACAGCGCUAAUCUGUCGGAUAAAGAUCAUAUGGAUUUGACUUACUACUUGGAGAACAGUGAAUGGGAACUUCUAGGGACUCCGGCAGAUCGUCUGUUGAAGCCAUUUUUGAACGACUCUUUUACCGAACUACACUUCCGUUUACACAUCAGGCGGAAAAAAGUGUACUACUUUAUGAACUGGAUUAUUCCAAGCAUAAUUAUUUCUCUGAACAACCUUCUUGGAUUUAUGCUGCCAUCGGAGUGUGGUGAAAAAAUAACUUUACGUAAAUUUCUAAACAGUUGCACCCUCAACUUAGGAAUCUUCUUCUCAUUCUCAAUUAUCAUUCUUGGAUGUUCAGUCAUGAUGACUAUUCUGGUGGUUGAUAUACAUUUUCGAAUGCCAGACGUUUACGAAAUGAGUCCGUGGGUCCGUAAAACAUUUCUUGAAUGGUUACCCUGGGCGUUGCUUAUGAAGCGACCUGGUCACCAAUUUCGAAUGCCAAAAGAGGGCUGCAAUUCGUAUGAACAGAGUUAUUUGCUUCCAGACGAAAAGCGCGCGUCUUUAGACGCUAUCAUAAACGGCGACACAUUACGCAGAUAACAAAUUUUUGAACAAUUAAUGCUGAGGAAAAAUAAAAGUUUUACAACGAGGCGGGACGUUGAAGGAUCGUUAAUCAGAAUCGAACUUCUAAUGCUUGAAUUUUCGUCUUUCUUCAAGGAUUUACAGACAUAUUUGAAAGAUGACGAAAAGGAAAAAUUGGAACAAGCAGAUUGGCGAUAUAUUGCUAAAGUUAUCGACCGUUUUUGUCUGUUUUUGUUCACAUUCUUAAUUCUGCUUGCUUUUCUAUUUCUGGCGAUCAACAUGCAAGGGUCAAUGACUUCUACUAUUCAGCCAUCAUUGGUACCUUGUGUACCUGCAAGUUCUGCUCAAGCAGCCAAAUAA